AUGGACGAGUUCGGUCCAGUUCGUGGUUUCAAUGCCCCUUUCGAUGGAGUGGGAGAUUGGGAUCCAUUAGCUAUAUCUCCUCUUGAUAGUGAGAUGACCAACCUCGAUACUAGCCUCGCACAGUCAGGUCAUCAGCCUAUACCUGCAGAACUCGAUCCCACAGUGGCUGAGCCUAAACCGGAGCCGGAAGAAUCACAAGCAGGGUUCGAUCCGAUGGACAUGGAUUUAGAAGAAGAGAAGCCCGAAGAAGAACCUAAGGGAGAACCCGAGGAGGAACCGGAAGAAGAGCCAGAGGAAGAAUCCGAGGAACAACCGGAGGAGGAGCAAGAAGAAGAGGAGCUGAUUGAGGUACCAUUAGAGUCGGGAGAUGAAGAUAAUCCGAUUGAGAUUGAGGCGGAUUCUGAGUCUUCAAAGGAGUAG